AGAAGAGACUAACGUGGACAACACAGUACGUGGCUUGCCAGCUGUGAACUGGCAGUGUUUACUGCAUGUUGUGGUCCUCAGACACAGACAGUGGAUGUGAGCUGGGACAGCUGAGCGUCGACUGAAAACUCGGAGACUCUGACGUCUGUGAAUUUUGUCACAGAACCCAUACCGACGGAGGCCUUCUAGCGACGCCGCCACCUGCAGCAGAAGGGGCGGCUGUUAAAAAAAUCUCUCCCCGCUGACCCUUCAGUCUGUCGGUGAUAUGGCGGAAAGCGGGUCGUCGGUUGAAUUUUCCGGCUCCCUGACGAGCUCCACUCUUCCACCGCCGAGGACCCGCAUUUUCAAAAUCAUCGUGAUCGGGGACUCGGGGGUCGGAAAGACGUGCCUCACCUACCGCUUCUGUGCCGGCAAGUUCCCCGAGAAGACCGAGGCCACGAUCGGGGUGGACUUCAGGGAGAGGCUGGUCGAGAUUGACGGCGAGAAAAUCAAGAUCCAGCUGUGGGACACUGCAGGCCAGGAGCGCUUCAGGAAGUCCAUGGUGCAGCACUACUACCGCAACGUGCACGCCGUUGUCUUUGUCUACGAUGUCACCAAUGCUGCUAGCUUUCGUAGCCUCCCUGCCUGGAUUGAGGAGUGCAAGCAGCAUGCUCUGGGCACAGAGGUACCCAGAAUCCUAGUUGGAAACAAGUGUGAUCUCCAAGACUCCAUCCAGGUGGGCACGGACGUGGCGCAGCAAUUUGCAGACGCCCACUCCAUGCCUGUGUUUGAGACGUCUGCAAAAAACCCAAGCAGCCAUGGAGAUGGGAGCUAUGGCAGUGGAAACAGUGACCAUGUUGAGGCUAUUUUUAUGACAGUGGCCCACAAGCUGAAGUCUCAGAAGCCUCUGGUGUUGAGCCAGCCAUCCGGGGGAUCAGGUGGCACCAUCAGCCUGAGCAGUGGGAUGAAUGAUGGGGGCGAUGGGGCCCGGAGCUGGGGCUGCAGCAGCUGCUGAGGGAGGAAGAUGGAGGGAAGGAAGGAAAAAGCGAGACAACUUCAGCUUCAGGCUGUGCAAGGCCAGUGAAAUAGAAGAUGGAGGGAGCUGAGGAAAGAGUGGAGGUCUAGAAAAGAGUGGGCCGCACAAAAUGGCUUCACAAUCAGAACAACACAUAGAUGAAUGUCUCAAUUUGAAGACAAUACAUUUUUCCAAUGCUUAUGCUUGAGUUUAUAAAACUUUACAUGGUUUGGGGCAGUAUGUAUAGUGUGAUAGUAUGUUUUAUGAAGCGCCAAAAUCUAUUGCUCAUAGAAAUGAUCUUGUAAGUCCAGAGCCUGCACCACUGUUUGUAUCUGAACUCUCUUGAGUCAUGUGAUAUGAAAAACCAGUCCAGAUAGAACCGGGAUCAUCUGGUGUAAUGCAGCAGCUGUGGUCAGGAAACAGAACAGAUUUACUGCAGUGUGACCUGGAUGUUAUCUUGUCAUGCAGACAAAAUAACACAAUGCGUUAUUACAUAAUACAAUCUGUGACAUUGUUUUUGGCCAUAAUUAGUGUCAAUGCAGCACUGACUGCAUUAUAUGAAAAAGUGUUUGAGUUAUGUGGCCCAGCCCUUGUUGUUCUCAUCACUAUAUGCAGCACAUUAUACUCUACAGGUGCUGGAGUUGAUAUGGUUUUAGUUGAACAGUUUCAUUAAAGGUACCCUCUUGAGUUUUCUACUAAACAAACACAUUUACAUUUACUGUCUCUCACCAAACACAAACACACUGAAUUCAGUUCAUUGUCUAUGAAUAAAUGUAGUGAAGAUGUUAGUGCCAACAACAGUUAAUAGCUGGAACAGCACUGAAAUCAACCUGCAUUGUGUCACCAGUGAGUAGAUGUAAACCAAAUGUUAAUAAAAACUUUGCUCCAUAAUGAUGACUUACAGUGGUCCAGAACUCCACAGGGUGCCUUUAAGUGUGGCUGCUUUAGAUCUACAGAUUCAAAGUCUUGUUUGUAACAGUGAAGUCUGUCAGCUGAUUCAAACAGUGACUUAAGUGAUCACUCAGUAAAGGGAAUCCUCAGUUAUAGUCUUAUUGCUUGUCAGAAGCUGAGUUGUCCCUGCAGCUCUGGGCAAAUGGAAGGGCUGAUCUGGAGAUGUCAGACAUGACAGGCUGAGUGACUUAAUGCUCAGACAGAGCAUGGUCUCACUGGGAGCCUAUGAUGAGCUGCUGGGCUCCCUUUAACCUCCCUUCUUCCAGUUUUCCCUUAACUGUAUUAUUAUGUAUAUGCAUACAUGACCCUGUUACUUAAGGUCAUAAAACUCUAAUUUGAAACAGAGCCCACCUUAAAGCCCUUAUCAUGUUAGUGGCCCCUGGUCCAACUGUCUGUUUACCAUAGUUUAUAAUCCCAACUGGAGUCAGUGAUUCAGCUGAAAAGGUGUUUCAUCUGAUGUGUUUGGUUCAGUCAGGUCAUGUAAUUAUUGUGGGCUGGUUCAGGGCAGGUCAGAAUGUGAGAAGUAAAGGUCACUUUACAGAAGCUAGCAGGCCAGUUACAGCCUCACAUCACAGAGGAGCCAGUCCUACUAAUGAGUCAAAAAGACUUGUCUUUGGCCAAUGAAACUAUUUCUCAAGACCAGUUCAUGUCUUUUUAACAUCAGAGGACACUUCACAGACACUUUGUGUAGUUAGUGGUUUGCAGGUAGAGUGGAGUGUUUUUGACCAUGUUGAAAGGAAAAUAGUUGUCAUCCUCUCAGUUCUUAAUGGUCAAGGAACUGAACUUCUGUACAACAGUACAGAUGAACUGUCAGGUUUGUGUUAAAUCCUGACCAGUCACUGAAUCAUUUUUAGUGGCACAACCCUCAUGUUACCUUCCAGCUCAACACAGUGAGGUACACAAAUUUAACCUGGGAAAAAAGAGUGCAAAGUAUAAGAUUACUGCUUGGCACUGACAGAUGUCCUCAGUCAAAUUAUCAGAGAAGACGUCAUGUUGUAACAUCCCCAGUCAGCUCAAGCCAGCCAGUACAGCAAAUAUAUUCAACCUUCAGACCUACACUGUGGUAUGUCAUUGUGAAUGACAGGUACUGCGAUUGAUCCCCUCCCAUCAUAAAGCACCAGAAAAGCUCACUGAGGCUAUAAUCCAUUUUUUUAAAAUAAUUGUUCAAAAUAUCAACUUAGAAGGUGAGGGUAUGUCAGUUCUGUCACUGCCUCCAGGUGGAAAACUGGACUGGACAAAACUCUUAGUUAUUGCAGGUUCAAAUGAAGACAUCUACUCCUGAGUGACAGUGCCUUUGUUUAAAUCAGUUUGUUAGCAUCCAGUACCAGAGCUAUCACUCACUGUGACAGCUCUUUGUAACAUGUGAUGUUGUCCUGUAACAGUUAAGGUGAACACAGCACUAGUCUCCCCAGAGUAAUGUGUACUCCUUUAAACCAUAUCUGCCAACAGGCUGCUCUUUGAGCCUGCUGUUCAUUGUUGCACUCUGGUGGGGGAUUUACCAGGAAUCUCCUGUCAACUUGAUGAUAAAGAAUUCAAAGGGAACCUGAAAGAAUGGAGUUCAGAAAAAGAAAGAUUUUAGACACUGUUAGCCUGUUCCCUCUUCUGCACAGAAAAGGUUUUUAAUAACCAGACUGGUAAACAUUAGUAUUGUGUAGGUUAGCCAGUCAGUCAGACAGUGAAAACACUUCCCUGUCACUGUGUAUCAGGCUGUGUGGUGUGCACCUCUUCACGUACAUGGAUGCCUAUACCCACUACUUAUCCUGUAUGUAAGCUUGUGAUACAAUAUUGGGCAUGUCUCUUGUAUGAUAAAAGCUCAUAUUAACUCUUUCUAAGCCAUGAUACAGCACAGUGUUGGUUUGCAGCUCUGUCUUUGUGGUUGUGGAUGUUUGUUGUGGCCACAGCUGGCCCUGUGGCUCUCCCUGAUCACUCCCAGGCUAUGCUGUUGGUUAACGUCAAACCAAACGACCUUCUCUCAGGACUCACUGUUCAGAGGAUAUGCACACAGAAGGCCUGUGCUGACUGCAUCUCUGUGGCCUGUCAGCAGUGUGACAACAGAGGAAGACAUCAUGUGGGUGUUUUAUAGUUUGUGCUUUCUCUUCUUCUUUAAGUGUCCUCUGUUUAGGAUAAAUGCUCCCCCCUCCACCUUCACACUCGGUCCUGUAGUUUACUUUGCCUUACUUCUGUUCACUACAGCCAUGAAUAACAGCAAACACUGCUACUGUACCUCUCAUUGAAAAUGCUGAGAAAGAAAACUCUCAGUUACAGAAUGGUAUUUAUUCACAGUGACUAAUGAAUGAAUCUACUAGGGAUGAGGGAAUAAAGGAGUCACUUGCAAUGGUUUUGUCAUGUGUAACCUUGCAAUAAACUACCCUGAACAUUU